UGUACAUAUGUGCACGCAGAUGUCGUGCGCUUAAGCUUGCUGACGGAAGGCUAGGCUGGCUGCCAGUGUCGGCCGUUAUUUUGCUGUAUUUAUGUCAGCUGGUUUGACCAAAUAAGCGAGGAUUGUUCGCGUAUAAACUAUCGUCAUGUUCAAGUAUAGACAGGGUUAGCCCAGUGUUGGCCUGUAACUCGUGGCUUUUGAAUUCGGGGAAGUUAUCCGUAAGCUGAUAAGCCUCCUGCCACCGUCGUGACCGUAGCUUGCUGGUUGGAUCCACUGUUCACUGAGCUGCACUACCGGUAGGCCGUGUAAGCGAGGCUGACCUUGCGGGAUCGGACGGAAGACUUGCUAGCCUAAUUGAACUGGCAGUCGUGUACAGCCAAGUGCCGGUGGGAAAAUGACUGCAACUUCACAGCGAGUGAGGGAGAAGACAGGAGAGUGGUCAUCCAUUUUCCCUCCAGAACAGAUCUCAGAGACACAGUCGGCUCUCUUCAUUAAAAAACUACUUGCAGUCGCAGUUUCCAACAUCAUGUACCUCAGGACGAUCUUUCCUGAACAUGCCUUCGGGGACCGAUGUUUGGAAGAUCUAAAUCUGAAGAUAUUGCGAGACGACAGUGCAUGCCCAGGGGCCUGUCAGGUGAUCAAGUGGGUCAAAGGUUGCUUCGACGCACUAGACAAGAAAUAUCUUCGCGCGUUGACCAUUGGGAUUUAUGUUGAUCCAGAUGAGCCUGAUACCGUGAUUGAGUCUUAUACCUUCAAGUUUUCCUACCAAGGGGAAGGCAUCCAGAUAUACAGAAAUGAUAAGAAGAUUGCCGGGGCGACUACCGAAGCAGAGACCAAGAAAGCUACAACUCGCCUGCUCCGCACCAUCGUGGUACUGACACAAAGCUUGAAAUCUCUGCCCGAUGAUGUCAUCAUGACCAUGAAACUUCUCUAUUAUGACGACGUCACCCCAGCCGACUACGAGCCUCCUGGCUUCCAACCGGCAGAGACUGAUUCUUUCCACUUUGAAGAAGAGCCCAUGAACAUCAGAGUGGGAGACGUGUCCACUUCAUUUCACACCGUGAAACUCCGCAUCAAGACGGAUCGCAAGCAGUUUGAGUUAAGGGAGGACAAUGAAAAGGAUGAAGAGGAUGUGGUUGCCAUGGAGACAGACAAGCAAGAUGUGGUCAGCAAUUCAGCCCUUGAUGGGGAGGACACCGACGAGGAGCCAACAGCGAAACCAGCGGACACAAAUCCCCAACAAGACAGUGACGAUGAGGAGGAAUCCCUAACGCAAAGGAAAACAUCAAAGAGCAGUCAAGCUGCAGAACUAGCUAAGUGUGAUGUUCCCAUCAGCAGCCCCCACAGACCCGACAAAGUUGACGAGGCCUCGACUCCUGCCUCGUCUUCCUCGUCCAAUAUGCCAUUCAUGAAUGAGGAGCAAGAGGAGAACGUCGUCCGCUGCCCCUGCGGAUGCAACGAGGACGAUGGUUUGAUGAUUCGAUGUGAGGAGUGUAAACAGUGGCAGCAUGCCGUCUGCUUCGCCAUCAUAUCUGAAGAUCAGGCUCCUGAGAAACACAUCUGUGACCAGUGUGUCAAGAUUACCCCUCGCCACCUCAAGCCCACGGACCCUCACCUGACCGGACUCGCUCCCGUGGUGCUGCAGGCCACGUGUCUCUGGCGUCGUGCCCUGCUUGCCGCUACUGAGACCAACCGCAUCCUGGUGCCCAGUUUCUCCCGCCGGCUGGGCGUGGAGAUGACCGUGGCUCAUGGACUGGUCAAUCGCCUGGAGAAGGAAGGUUACUGCCAGAACGCCAGCAAGGGAAAGAGACUGGGCAAAGUCGUAAACAAGGAGAAACUGCAAAAGGAGGGACUCAAGAAAUACUUUGAGAGGAAGACGAGCAACGAUGUCCCUACCAAGAAGUCAGACGAAGCCAAGCCUAGCUCGGAAAUGCCGAGAAAUCAGAAAGCUGCCUCUCAGAAAGGGAAACGAAAAGUCACUCAGGUUGACAAGCUGGCUGAGCAGACUGCCGAGCUGACAAUGACGAGCCGUCUCCGUCCCCGCCAAACCUCUCAUCAAGACUUCCCUCCAAAACCUUCAUCUUCCCAACGAGCUGCAACCUCAUCCACUCCAAAAUCGUCCUCCUCCCAGCAGAGUAAGAAGAGAGACGUAGGGAAGGGCAAAGUGUCACACAAACGAGCAGUUCCUCUUAACGAUGAUAGGUACGACUUUGAGCUGUCUUCCAGCCAGGAUCCAGACCACCAGGAGCUGGGUGCAUCAGGCCGUAAACGACAUAAAUCCAGCAUAGUUACUCGUACAGUCGUGGUUUGAGGUAAGAAGCUGGCAAAUGCACCUGGAAAAGAACUCAGAGCUGUUCAGAAAUAAGACUCGUAAAACAACCAAACUGAGAAGUUUUAGGGCAGGUUGCCCCCUUGUUAAAUUAUAAUGAAAAGUAUCAAGUGGAAUAUACUGUUGACAGUUAUUUUCCCUUUGCUAAAAUUUUCCUUUCCUUAUAUUAAAGUAUUGUACUUCUGAUAUGUUAAGUGUACGUCAUGACAGAAAACACUAAAACUCUACGUCAAAGCUGAUACAUGUAAAUGAAAGUUGAAUUUAUUCCAUUUCGUAAGACUUUUUAUCAUUGUGUACAGGGGAUUUUAGAAUUUGUUGAAAUUUCAUCAGGUUGAAUUCGUUGAAAAUUGGUUGAAGCAGAUUUUAAGAAUUAUUUCUGAAAUAUCGAUGUUCAGAUUUUUAUUUGACUUUAGUGCCAACUGGCUGUUGGUCCGAUGUUGUGAGCCCGUUAUGAAGAAUCAUUUGCAUCUUAAGUUCUGUCAAUGAAUGUGUAAAGCGAGAAAAACGUGCUGCAGUUUGUUCAACAGAGAAAUGUGUAUUGUUUUGCCGAAGUUCAUUUUUUUCCAUUUUUUGUAAGCUUAAUGCAAAUGCAAUUCCAUUCUUUCUAAUGACAGGAAAAAAAAUCCUCACAAAUGCCGUUUUAAAAUUUAAAAAUAUACGUAACUAAAGUAAUAUAUUGUAUAUUAUAAUAAGUUCCAGGAAUGGUUUUUGGGAUCUGAUUCAAGAACUAUUUAAAUCUGAAUUUGCUAUUGAGCAGCAUGAGGUGUUUAUAUUAUUAAGUUGUUGGUUGUUGCUUUUAAAAUUUGAAUUGUUUAGAAAAAUUAGUUUGACUCUCAGCAAGUUGUCAGAUCAUUUCCCUGGAAGUUUUUUCAAGUGUUUUUCAAAUAAAAUUGUCCCAAGGAAAAAUG